AUGGCACCGAUCACCCAUGCGGUGCACCACCACCGGAACACAACAAAAACAUCCCACAAGGCUUUCAAGAGCAAACACGCCUCCAAGAGCGCACUCAAGGAACGAAACAGAGGUAAAGUUGAAACUGGGGAACGGGGGGUACGCAAAACCCCUCAUCAACAGCUCAUGUCGAAGCUCGAUCGGAAGAACCAGGCUCGUCAGAAACAACAAUUGAAACAUCAAGAAAAGGCUAGCGCUGUUAGCAUAUUCAAUGGUCAGAACGGCGCCCCUCGCCAGGUGGCUAUCGUGCCUCUCUCCGACAGGGUCGAUAUUCCUGCUGCCAUACGCUCGUUGAAUGAAAGUGUCGAUGUUCCUGAAAAUGCCUACGCGGAUGGAUUGUCCCGCAUACGAAUCGACCGCUUCAAACAAAACAUUUUGUAUAUCCCGACAAGCUACGACUUGAUGAGUGCACUAGACGUAUGCCGGGUUGCAGACUUUGUUGUCUUGGUUCUACCAACGGAUGUGGAGGUUGCGGAGGAGGGAGAGAAUCUGUUGCGAUCGAUAGAAAGUCAGGGUAUCUCCAAUGUAUUGGUUGUGGCACAGGGUGUGGAUAAGCUGAAUCCGCCGAAGAGACGUCCGCAGGUCAUCUCUUCAUUGAAGUCUUACAUCAACCACUUUUUCCCAUCUAUCGAUAAGGUUCUUUCUCUCGACUCCCGACAAGAAUGCUCGAAUGUUGUCCGUGGCUUGUGCACAGCAACGCCCAAAGGUAUUCGAUGGAGAGACGACAGAAGCUGGAUGCUUAUUCAGGAUGUCAAAUGGCCAGAGAACAAUGGUGAUAUAGUUGACAACGUUACAGUCACAGGCGUAGUGCGAGGCAAAGGUUUAAAGGCAGACCGAAUUGUGCACAUACCUGGCUGGGGAGACUUCCAGGUUGAUUCUAUCACUGCCGCACCGCUCCCAACCCCCAAAGGCAAGAAGGAAGAUGUGAUGAAUAUCGACGACUCGGAAGGUACCCAAGUUCUCGAUCAGCCAACAGAAGACUGUGAUGAUAUGGCGACUGUUGCGCCUGAAGAAAUUGAGAUGGAGGAUGACGCGCUAUCAAACCCUGACGCCGAACGACGAGGAGUCUUGCUUGAUGAUCACCACUACUUUUCUGAAGACGAGUCUCACAUACCCUCUCGCCCCAAGAGAUUACCUAAGGGUACAUCAGAUUAUCAGGCUGCAUGGUUCCUGGAAGACGACUCCGAUUCUGGCUCAGAUAUGAUUGAUAUGGAAGAUGAGGACGUUGAUAUGGAUGUUGACGAAACCGAGGGCCGUCCUGAAGACGGCGUGUUCCCAGACCAUGGCGACGCCAUGACCGAGGCUGGUCCCUCGGAAUACCCUCAAUCCGAGAUGUUCCUCGACCCCUCUCCCGAAGACGAAGCAGACCAACUAGAAGAGUAUCGUGCCAGCCGGAGAACGGAAGAAAAAGACGACCUGGAGUUCCCCGACGAAAUCGAACUCCACCCUAACGUCCUUGCGAGGGAACGACUACAAAAAUACCGUGGUCUAAAAAGCCUCAAGACGAGUAACUGGGAAACCUCAGAAGAUCGACCAUACGAACCAGAGGACUGGCGACGGCUGUUGCAAUUCAAUGACUACAAGGGCCUCAGGAAUAAGCUUGUCCGCGAGGCCCUCGUGGGUGGUGUCACUCCUGGCACUCGCGUGAACGUGCAUCUGAAAGCUGUUCCGAGCACUCUUCGCAACCGGCCACAACCAGUAGCAUUAUUCUCACUGCUUCGUCACGAGCACAAACACACCGUUAUCAACAUGAACAUUACGGUCAACUCCUCCGUCGAGGAACCCAUUAAAUCCAAAGAAGAAGUCAUCAUCCAAUGCGGUCCACGUCGUCUUGUCGUCAACCCGAUCUUCUCUGGAGCUGGGAACACUCCCAACAAUGUCCACAAAUUCGACCGAUUCCUCCACCCUGGUCGCAGCGCAAUUGCUUCCUUUAUUGGCCCGGUUAUCUGGGGUGCUGUUCCCGUUCUAGUCUUCAAGAACCAAAUUGUAAAAGACCCCGAGGUUCUCGACUCUGCAGAAGAUGCACCUGAUUCCGCAAACACAAUCAAGCGUCUGGAGCUGAUUGCCACGGGCACAGUUGUCGCGUCGGACCACUCUCGUGUUGUUGCGAAGCGUGCUAUAUUGACGGGCCACCCGUUCAAAAUCCACAAGAAAGUUGUCACGGUUCGGUACAUGUUCUUCAACGCAGAAGAUGUCCAUUGGUUCAAAGCUCUGCAACUCUGGACCAGAAGAGGCCGCAGUGGGUUUGUUAAAGAGAGCUUGGGAACGCAUGGGUAUUUCAAGGCUACUUUCGACGCGAAGAUUAACCCUCAGGACUCGAUUGGUAUCAGUCUGUAUAAGCGAGUGUUCCCGCGCCUUGCGCGGGCUGUCGAAGAAGUGGAAGCUUCUGCUUAA